GUAGAGCGAACAACAACCUCAAGCAGAGAGAUAUUGAGAAAAACGAAACAAACAGUAUGCAGACAGCACCUAUGCUUCCUCCAAUGUAGAUGAAUUCAACGUCAUUUAUAACAUAAAGAGGAAAAAAAGCUUUUUCGAAAGGAUGGACUGUAAGACCACAAGCAAGCAUUUGGAGAGCUCAGAAGACCUCCAGAAGCCCACUGAUGAAGGGUCAUGCGAGGAGGAAAUGGACAUAUCAGAGGCAAAGUGGCGCUGGUUCUACCUUGCCGAGUGUGGCGUCUGGCAUAUGUUUGAAGAAGUUCCCAGCACAGGUUGUUCUGUUACCAAUGAGCAAAUUGAACAAAACUACAUCAAGAAUCAGCAUGCUUCAAUGGACUUCUAUACUGCUAAAUAUACCUAUAAAUUAGACUUUUCUGAUAUGAAACAAGUCAAUGUGACUACUGGAAAAGAAAGGCCAAUUAAAAGGGCGUUGCAUUCAGCUACUGACUUUAGAUUUAUCUGUGAUAACCCAGCCCUUCCUGUACCCAGUAACUGGGAAAGAGUUAAUACGGAGGAACCCUAUCAGCUAAUUGCUAUAUGCAGCGAUACGUUUGAGUACAAAGAAGUGGCCCGGUUAUAUGAGAGAACCAUGAGCCAGCCCAUCAGAUCCAUUCAAAGAGUACAGAACCUGGACCUGUGGGAAUUUUUCUGCAGGAAAAAGGCCCAGUUGAGAAAGAUAAAACGUGUUUUAGACGUUGAAGAAAAGAUGCUGUUUCAUGGAACUGGUCACAGCAACAUACAGGCCAUAUGCACAUACAACUUUGAUUGGCGUCUCACAGGAAGCCAUGGCGACGUCUAUGGCAAAGGAAGCUAUUUUGCACGUGAUGCGAGGUAUUCAAGCAAGUUUUGUCAUUCAACUAGCAAGCACAACUUUAUCCUACAGAGACAUGGUCUAGUGCCCCCUGUUUUCCAGAGUGACCCACCGUACAUGUGCAUGUUCCUGGCACGGGUUCUAGUUGGGGAAUAUACACUGGGUCACCCCCAGUACUGCAGACCGCCUUCCAAAGACAUGAGCAUUGGCAACUUUUUCGACAGCUGUGUGGAUGACAUGAUGAGCCCGAAGAUCUUUGUUAUAUUCGACAGCAACCAGAUCUAUCCGGAAUACCUGAUUGAAUUUUACUGACAUCAAAGACCAAAAGAAAAGCUGUGAAUUUUCAAAAGAAUGAACCGUGUUUUCAUUCUAAUGAACUUACUGUGGUUGUGAGAGUUGUAGAGCAGAGUACUGUUACAGUGCUGAGGCCAGUUACUGCAAAAGUGCCUUUGGUGAAAAACUAUGAAUGGACAAUAUACUGUGUCUAGGGGGCAGAGUUAAAACACAUUUACAG